AUGUCGCCUUACUGGUAUGCUCUGCGCCUCAUCCAGGCCUUUGAGGAUAGAAUCGUCGAAUCGAUUCUCCGCGUGCCAGGCUUCCACCGGGCCGUCGGCCGCAUCCAUCGCGCGAUCAACGAGAAACAGUACGGCCGGAAUCCACACGAGCCGCUGGCACCGGGAGAAGCUACAGGUGAAGAUUCUUUGACCCUAUAA